UCUUUAUUUUCUAUUUUUUAAACUAUAAAUACCACGAGAAGAAAGAAAGGAGAAAUCCAACCUUGAUUUUGUUUUCUUAUCAUUCAUAUGAAGCCUUCCCUUACAGCUACUUUUUUGAUUCUAGCAGCUGCAAAUAAUGCUUUAGCCCAAGUUGUGCAAGCUAGACAUGAUUCAUCUUGCGCCUUCUUAUCUAAAAAGAUAUAUUGUUAUGGAGGUUUAACAGAUGCCGAUGGAACCAUCUCGGACGUCAGUAUAGUUAUGCUUGAUGUCUUCAAUAGCAGCGGAAGUACAGCAGACGAAAUGAUGAACAGAUGGGUCACAGUUACCACCAAUACCAAUGGCGUGGAUUUGAAGGCUAGAGAUUUCCCUCAAAUUAUGCAAAUGCCAGAUGAUAAGACCCUUUUAAUCAGUGGUGGUUGGAACAAUGCCUAUACCAAAUUGACUUCUCAAACAAUCACGUACAACUCAGAAACGAAUUCCUGGAAAAACUACGCAAAUUACACAGAGGCUCCCUAUGGAAACAGACAGAUUUGCCAAGCAUCUUCAGUUUAUGUUCCCAAUCUCGGUGUAGGGUUUUACGGUGGAAUUGAGACCAAUUUCGAGAAUACCUGGACUUACCCAGGCAUAAAUGUUACUGCAUACGAAGAGGAUAAUUUGAGAUAUAUCGGUUAUACAAACUUGACUUUUUUGAACAUCGAAAACACUUCAAACCCAUGGUCAACCUAUCCCGUACAAACUAACAUACCCACUUUAUUCUACAUGUACCAAACGUCGGUAUUUGAUGCUAAAAGUAACCGUAUCUUCUUCUUUGGUGGGGGUUACUCUAACCCUACCACGUAUUAUUACGAAGAUAGUAGUUUUGCUAGCUCUGUCACAUUCGAUCUCACAAAGGGUGCGUGGGGAACUCAAGCUAUGUCUGGAGAUAGCCCAAGUCCAAGAAGCGGCCACACAACUAAUUUAGUUGGUCCAAAUCAAAGAGAUGUUUUAUUGUAUGGAGGAGAAAGUCUUCUCAAUAAUGAUCGAGCUCUCCUUGAUUAUUGCUUUGUUUUAAAUCUUGACACAUUCCAAUGGAAACAACAAAACUUUGUUGGAAGUAAUGCUGCUUUGAUCAGAACACAACAUUCAGCUGUUGCUAUCAACAACGAAACAUUAUUUAUUGUUUUCGGUAAAGACACCGCCAACGUUCCUACCUUAUCAGUACUUAUGUUGGACGUUACAAAUCCGUCCAACAUUACUUUGAUGGAAAAAUAUGUUGAUCCUACCGCCGUUGUUGUUCCACCAGUUGCUAAUUCAACAACAACCCCUAUUCCAGAAAAUGAAAGCAAGUUGAGUACCGGAGCAACUGCUGGUAUUGCCGUCGGAGCCAGUGCAGCAGGUAUCCUUGCUAUUGCUGCCAUCGUCUUUUGUGUUUUAAGAAAGAGAAAAAACGAAAAAAAGCAGCAAGAAAUCAACGAGUCAGAAAUUAGCAAAAAAGAAAACUUUGAGGAACCCGUUAUGGAAGUCAACUGGGAUGAAAUUGAUAAGAAAUACGUCGAAGUGGCCACCAGUCCUAUCGCUGAUUAUGGACAUGGCAAUCACUUUAGCUACUCUCCUCGAUUAGCUGAUGACUUGGCAUCGUUUAAUGAUGGCAGUACCGUUAUCCAAUCUGUAGGUAGCCCCGUUAUUCAAUCUGUAGGUAGCCCCGUUACCAAUCGGAAUUCAAUCACCCAUCAACGUCCAAAUGCUUUGGAUGAUAAUGAUAGGACUUCAAAUAUUGGAAGCUAUACUAUGGCUUUACAAAAACCAGAUGGUGCAUAAAUUUUCAUCAAUGUAGUACCCGACCUUUUACAUGCACUGUGACAUAUACUCUGAUUAACAAUCGAGCAUCUCUACUAGUAUUUACACUCUCAAUAAUUCUAAUUACAUUUCCAAUAUUUUCAAUAAAAACAACAGCUUUUAUAAAAAUAAAAA